UAAAAUUUGUAAACAAAAAAUUUAUACGAUGCCAGGAGAAGAAAAAGAACACAUUUAUGAUGCAGCUUCAUUACCAGAUUUGUUGCCCAUUUAUUACAAAAGAUUAUUUCCUUAUGGACCAUAUUUUAAAUGGCUCAACUAUGGUGGAGUGCCAAAGAAUUAUUUUUGCAAUAGAGAGUUUUCCUUCACAUUGAAGGAUGAUGUUUACAUUAGAUACCAAUCAUUCAGUGAUCAGCAAGAAUUGGAAAAAGAAAUACAGAAAAGAUGUCCAUACAAAAUAGAUAUUGGUGCUGUGUUUACACACAGGCCGAAAGACCAUAAAACAGUGAAACCAGCAGCAUUCCAGGCUCAAGAGAAAGAACUGGUGUUUGAUAUAGAUAUGACGGAUUACGAUGAUGUCAGAUUUUGUUGUUCAGGAGCAGAUAUUUGUCCAAAAUGCUGGCCAUUGAUGCAGAUCGCCAUUAAAAUUGUAAAUCGAGCAUUGAGAGAAGAUUUUGGUUUUAAGCACUUGUUUUGGGUAUACUCAGGCAGACGAGGUGUCCAUUGCUGGGUAUGUGAUGAGACAGCAAGGAAACUUUCACAGACAGGAAGAUCAGCCAUUGCUGAAUAUUUGAGUGUUGUCAAGGGUGGAGAAAACCAAUCAAAGAAAGUAGCACUAGAAAGUCCCAUUCAUCCUUCUAUAAGAAAGGCAAUAGAAAUAAUAGAACAAAGAUUUGUUAAUUAUGCAGCAGAGAAACAAGAUUUUCUUGGUGAUGAGGAAAAACAGAAAAAGGUCAUGGCUCUCUGUACUGAAGAAGAUAUCCUUUAUUUUACUUUUUUUUUCUUAACAUUUUUACGAUUCAAAGACUUGUGGGAAAGGAAGGAUGUCUUUAACAGGUUUGAGUCAUCAAACAAAAGAUGGCAAGCACUUUGUAAAAAGAGUGAAGAAACUUUAGAAAGUCAGAAAUACCUGAAGGAGGAAAUAAUGCUACAGUAUGUUUACCCUCGUCUGGAUGUCAAUGUCAGCAAGGGAGUUAAUCAUUUAUUAAAAAGUCCGUUUUGUGUGCAUCCAAAAACAGGACGUGUAUGUGUGCCUAUAGAUCCAGACAACAUUGACAGUUUUGAUCCAUUUAAAGUUCCAACUAUAAGUGCAAUAAUAGAAGAACUGAACAUUACAGAAUCAAAAGAUGAGGAUGGUAAAAAGAUUAAAGACUAUAAGAAGACCUCUCUUGCUGGCAGUAUGGCUGUGUUUGAAAAGUUUUUAAUAUCUCUUGAAAACUCUUGGAAAGGGAAGAAACUGGAGGAAAGUGAUAAGAAGAUGGAAUUCUAGAAAAGAGGAAGAAAUAUAUAGACAAUUGUAUAGAUCAUAAGGAAUAAUAAAUUAUUCAUAUUUA